AUGGCAUCAUCAUCUGAAGUUAUAGCAGAUACCAACAAUAAUAAUAAUAAUGUCACGUUUUGGCAACGGUUUGUUGCUAAGAUGGUUGGUGUGAUGUUGCAGCUGAAGAAACCGGCACAAGAUGAUCCUAGAAGGCUUAUUCAUUCUUUCAAAGUUGCACUUUCCAUCACCACAGUUUCUGCAUUUUACUUUGUUAAAUAUCUUUUCGUUUGUUUUGAUAAAAAUCCCAUGUGGAUAAUUAUAACCGUCAUCCUUGUCUCAGAAUUUUCCGUAGGGGCAACACUUGCUAAAUGUUUCAAUAGAGGUUUAGCAACAGUUUUGGCUAGUGCUCUAGGACUUGGAUGUUAUUACUUGGUUGAUUCAAUAAUGGGAGGACAUAUUGUGGGGUCAGUAUUUCUUGGAACCCUAAUUUUUGUCAUAGUUGCGACAAUGACAUAUAUGCGAUUUGUACCUCAAAUCAAAGCAAAAUAUGAUUAUGGGUUCUUAGUGUUUAUCUUGACAUUCUGCAUAGUAUCUCUACCUAGCUAUCGAGACGAAGAUUUAUUAGACAUAGCAAAGAGACGAGUAAUCACAAUUUUCACAGGUGUUUUGAUGUGGAUAUUGGUUUCCAUUAUUGUGUACCCCAUAUGGGCAGGUGAAGAUCUUCACAACUUAGUAUCAAAGAAUCUUCAAAAACUAGGAGACUCUAUUCAAGGUUUUGGAGAUGAAUGUUUUGGAACAUCAGAGGGCGAAGGGUCUAAUAAGUCAAACCUUCAAGCAUAUAAAAGUGUUCUCAAUUCAAAGCAAAUUGAAGAAAGCUUGGCGAAUUUUGCAAGGUGGGAACCGUGCCAUGGUCCUUUCAGAUAUGGUCAUCCUUGGAAACAAUAUUUGAAGAUUGGAAUCUUAUUAAGGCAAUGUGCCUGCCUCAUUGAUUCCCUUACUGGCUUCCUUGAUUCUACCAAGACCCCAUCAGAAAUAAAAAACAAAGUGCAAGAGACAUGCAUCCAAAUAAGCAAAGAAACAGGAAAAUCUCUGAAGGAAUUAUCAGUGUCAAUCCAAAAAACGAUUCCACCAUGUGCUGCAAACCCUAGCAUUCAGAAAUCUAAGAUUGUUGCAAUGAAUCUCAAGUCCAUUCUCAAAUCAGGGUUAUGGGAAGGGACCAAUCUGUUUGAGGAUAUUCCUAUUAUGACCGUCACUUAUUUGCUGCUUGAUGUGGUUUCUUGCACCCAGAAAAUCGCUGAGUCAGUACAUGAAUUAUCAGUGCAAGCAAAAUUCAAGAACAAAGACAGCAAAGUUGCACCAAAUUACCCAAAUUCUCCUCCUCAUGAUCUUGGAGUUCAUCAUGUUAUUACAAUCAACUAG